AUGUCCAACUGCACAAACUUGACUUUGUGUAAUAAUGAAACAAGAAAUGAUUCUGAUAGCAAUGGGACACUAUCUACCAUUUUCAGUAUAGUUCUGUCCAUAAUGUUGGCUCUGGUAGUUUUUUCUCUUGGAUGCACUGUGGAGGCACUGAAACUGUGGUCCCAUUUAAGGAGACCCUGGGGAAUAGUUAUUGGUCUUGUAUGCCAGUUUGGAAUCAUGCCUUUAAUAGCAUAUCUCUUGGCAAUUGGUUUCUCGGUACAACCGACUCAAGCAGUAGCAAUCUUAAUCCUAGGAUGUUGUCCUGGUGGUUUAUUGUCGAACAUCAUCACUUUAUGGGUGGAUGGAGACAUGGAUUUAAGCCUUAGUAUGACAUCAUGUUCAACCAUAGUUGCAUUGGGAAUGAUGCCGUUGUGCCUCUUCAUCUACUCAAACUCCUGGGAACUGGCAAAAAGCAUAAUAAUACCAUAUUACAACAUAGGUAUGGCACUUUUAAGUGUUGUCGUUCCAGUUGGUGUGGGAGUAUAUGUGAAUUACAAAUGGCCAAGCAAAGCAAAACUGAUUUCCAAGAUUGGCUCAAUCAUCGGAGGACUCCUAAUGCUUGUGAUAGGUGUCGCUAGUACGGUUUUAUACAAGGGAUCCUGGAACACUGAUAUGUCAAUCCUGAUCAUCGGCAUUAUCUAUCCUCUGCUGGGAUACAUUUCUGGUUUUGGCAUUGCUGUCAUUGUUCGUCAACCGUGGCCAAGGUGCAGAACAAUUGCUUUAGAAACAGGCGCUCAGAAUGUGCAGAUGUGUUCCACUGUUCUCCAGUUGUCUUUUAGUCCCAAACAACUUGUUCAGAUGUUCACCUUUCCCUUAAUAUAUGCAUCGUUCCAGUUUGUAAAUGGGAUGCUUCUUGUGGCAGCUUACCAGCUGUACAAGAGACUGUUUUGGAAAGCCUCCAAAGAAAUAUCCAAGAAGUUUCCUGAGAGAUGCAUUACAGUCAGUGAACUGGACAUAAAUGGAAUUGUCAACCAAGACUUUGAAUAUGAAGGUGUAACACAUAUUGGUGAUACCGUGUCUAGCACACUGUGACAUAUCGGAUAUAGCUACAAUCUCAUACCUACUUAUGUGUUUGAAAGUGGUACAACAGUAAUUUAGCUAGAGGCCCUUUAGAAGAUUGGUUUCAGGGGUUCAUGAUAUUAUCUUUUAUUAAAUAGCUUUUUUAUUUAAACAAAAACCAUUGAAUCAGUCUAUAUAGUAGAAUUUAUUGUCAAAAUCACACAAUGUUAUAUUAACACCUUUCUGAAAUUUUAAAUCAGUAGCCCAAGAAACUCACUGGACGAACUU